AUGGAUAGUGAGACUUUGGACACACCUUUAUCCUCUCGGAUUGCGUCGCUGGUGCACGCUCAUUUUGAUGCUCUGCCUGCGCGGAGUAAACCAUCUACUUUUCCAGAUGGAUCGAGGGAAUGGAUUCCUAUGACCGGCAUUGUAGCUGUCAAAGGUAAUUUUGCUGUUGUUCUUGGUGCAAAAUGCCUAUCGGCAUCACAUAUCCCACGCUGCAAUGGCCUUGUCCUGCAUGAUUGUCAUGCCGAGAUUUUGGCCAUACGGGCCUUCAAUUACUGGCUACUGACCGAGUGCAGCGGUCUCUUGUCUCAGGAGAAACAAUCGACUCCCGAUUCCCCCGGGUCUAAAGCUAGACAAUCCUCCAACUCUUCUUUCAUACAAAGAAGAAAGACAACGGGGGACAGGGAAGAUAGCCCUCAGCCAAAGCCCGAAUGGCCGCCUUUUGAAAUUCAGUCAGAUAUAAACAUAUACAUGUACUGUACAUGUGCGCCGUGCGGUGAUGGGAGUAUGGAACUCUGCAUGGCCGCCCAAGAAGACGCAACACCGUGGGAAAUUCCGCAGCAAAGCUCUUCAACGAGCCAGGAAAGCGACGAAAUCCCUACUGAGGAGACUUUUCUCGAUGGACGUGCUCACUUUUCCCUUCUUGGGAUCGUCCGUCGAAAACCAUCACGCACAGAUGCUGAAUCGACCCGCAGCAAGUCUUGCUCGGACAAACUCGCGCUGCGUCAAGUAUCUUCUUUGCUCUCUUGCGAGACCAGUCGCCUCGUCGCCCCAACCAAAAAUGCAUAUAUGGCUGGUCUGGUUCUUCCCGAGGAAGAAAUCAGUCAGGUUGCCUGUGAACGCUCCUUCGGCGAGAAUGGCCGAAUGAAGGCGUUGGCAGGGCAUUCUUGGCCCAGUACGAUAAACGAUGAAACAGAGCCCAGCUUUCGAUUCCACCCCUUCCGAAUUCUCUCGGUGCCUACCGAGAAGGUGUCCGCGCUAUGGGGCUUCGCAAAACCAAAGCCUAUUCCAUGCCCUGCGGUUUCUACAGAGAAUGAAAAAACUCCAAACCCCCAACCCCCGAGAAAGAGCAAACCAGGAAAUGCAAGCGCCGUAUGGACACUAGCACCAUCAUACUAUGUGCCAUCUGCGACGAUGGAAAUAGGCAGCAAGGCAGUUCCGACCCUCCGUCGCUCAAAGACUGGGUUAUAUGAAACCAUCAUCAAUGGCGUGAAGCAGGGCAAUCGGGCCUCUGCACCUGGUGCCCAGGGUGCUUCUGCUUUAUCGCGGGCCAAGCUCUGGGCACUUUUUCACAAUAUCACCUCGGAGCCUACAUCGGGUUCAACUUGUGAUGACUCUGAGGUGGCGUCGGAGGAAACCCCGAAAGCCAGUACAUAUCAAGAGUUCAAAACAGCUAGCAGUGGCGGAGACCCGUUAGGUAUCCGUAUGCAGGCCAGACUUGAUGCGCAACGGGUAUUGAAGGGGUGGAUGCCGAAUUCUGGAGAUGAAGCUUGGUCCUUGAAUGUCUUGGCUGAUACUAAGAAGCGGAAACGUUGA